AAUGUUUAAAUAUGUAGCUACAUGUGAUUUAAAUUAUAUUAGUUGUAUUCUGUGGUGGUUUUCGUGAAAGAGCCAUUUAAAAGCUUACUUAUUUGGCUAAAUUGCUAGCCGAUUUCUGAUUGGCCGACGGACGUGUCAAUCAUUCCCUGUCCCAAGAAAAAAAAAAAGAAAAAGAUUGCGUGGGGUUGGUGAUUUGACAGAAACGGAGUCGUGAUGAUCCUAUCGAGCCGUGGGUGGCUAGCUGCUUUUAUUUACCUUGACUGAGCUUCUUGUCAUUUCUGUUUGCGACAUUUCUUUCGCCUGGUGGGGAAUUCGUUUCGUCUCGAGCCGUGUGUGUAAAUACACCCAUCUCGGGUACCGAGAAUCCCCCCUUCUUUUAUGCCCGAACGUUCGUUUUUUUUUCCCAAGCUAGCAACCCAACACAGCAUUACGGGUGGGGGUGGAUUUCUACACCUCGGCCCUCGGAAAGCGAAUAUAAAUAACGUCCCGGGAGCCACGCUAUGCUGUGGAACAAUGACAAGCGAAGGGAACAGAACUGAGGAAGAAGAGCUUCUUGAAGGAGAAGAUGUGUCAGGAGAGAAGAGUCUGACGAGCGAUCAAUAAAAAGUGAAGCCCGGCGUGUUUGAAAUGGAUUUAAAAACGGCAGUGUUCAACGCGGUGCGGGAUGGAAAGCUCCGUUUGCUUCAGAAACUCUUGGAGAACAAAGAUGGACACGAGGUGAUCAAGCUGAUGGGCGAGAAGACGAACGGAGCUACCCCGCUCCUCAUGGCCGCCCGCUACGGGCACCUGGAGCUGGUGGAGUAUCUGCUGGAGUGCUGCAGCGCUCCCGUGGAGGUCGGCGGGUCGGUGAGCUUCGACGGGGAGACGAUCGAGGGGGCGCCACCCCUGUGGGCUGCCUCGGCGGCGGGUCACCUGAAAGUGGUCCAGUCUCUGCUGGGUCACGGAGCCUCGGUGAACAGCACGACCCUCACUAACUCCACACCUCUCAGGGCGGCCUGCUUUGACGGCCACCUGGACAUAGUGAAAUACCUCGUAGAGCACAGCGCUGACCUGGAGGUGGCGAACAGACAUGGCCACACGUGUCUCAUGAUUUCCUGCUACAAGGGGCACAAAGACAUAGCGCAGUACCUGCUGGAGAAAGGCGCAGAUGUCAAUAGGAAAAGUGUUAAAGGCAACACGGCGCUCCAUGACUGUGCGGAGUCGGGCAGUCUCGAGAUCAUGCAAAUGUUGCUACAGUACGGUGCAACCAUGGAGCAGGACGCCUAUGGCAUGACGCCCAUCCUUUCUGCCAGUGUAACGGGCCACACUAACAUCGUCGACUACCUGACGACACUCCCGCAGACGAGCCACACGAAGCGCAUCGAUGCCCUGGAGCUUUUAGGAGCUACGUUUGUUGACAAGAAAAGAGAUCUGCUGGGAGCCUUGAAAUACUGGAAGAGGGCGAUGGACCUCAGAUACGUAGACAGUAACAGCAUAGUUCACAAACCGGAGCCCAAGCAGUUGGUCAUGGCAUACGACUACGCCAGAGAGGUGACAAACGCAGAGGAGCUGGACAGUUUGAUCUCCGACCCGGAUGAGAUGCGGAUGCAGGCCCUGCUUAUUCGGGAGAGGAUUCUCGGGCCGCAGCAUCCAGACACGUCCUACUACAUCCGUUAUAGAGGAGCCGUCUACGCCGAUUCGGGAAACUUUGAGCGCUGCAUCAACCUGUGGAAAUACGCGCUGGAAAUGCAGCAGAGCAACCUGGACCCCCUCAGCCCCAUGACGGCGUCCAGCCUGCUGUCGUUUGCGGAGCUCUUCUCCUUCAUGCUGCAGGACAGAGCCAAAGGGCUGCUGGGGACCUCGGUGUCUUUUGAAGACUUGAUGGGAAUAUUAACCAAGAGUGUGAUGGAGAUUGAGCGAGCGAUCAAACAAAGCGGACCCAUGCCUCCUGACCCGGCUCAGCUCAGCAAGGCCCUCUCCAUUAUCCUGCACCUUAUUUGUCUUUUAGAGAAGGUGCCGUGUACUGCAGAACAGGACCAUUUCAAGAAGGAAACCAUCUAUAGAUUUUUGAAGCUUCAGCCAUGUGGCAAGAACGGCUACAGCCCUCUACACUUGGCAGUCGACCGCAACACCACCUGCGUGGGCCGCUAUCCAGUCUGCAAGUUCCCCUCCCUCACGGUGGCUUCAAUCCUCCUCGAGUGCGGAGCAGACGUCAACAGUAGAGACGAAGAUGACAACAGCCCCCUCCAUAUAGCUGCAUCCAACGGCCACCCCGACAUUAUGAACUUGCUGAUUUCCAGCGGGACUCACUUUGACAGCACCAACGCCUUCCAACAAACAGCCUGCGAUCUCCUGGAUGAGAAGGAGCUGGCCAGGAAUGUCAUCCAGCCCAUUAACCACACCACGCUGCAGUGCCUAGCUGCCAGGGCUAUCGUCAAGCACAGCCUUGCUUACCAAGGAAACAUUCCCGAGAAGCUAGAGGCCUUCAUUUUGCUCCACAGAUAAUGAUUGUGAAGGAGGCGGUUGGGCUGAAUCGACGAUGAAGAGGGCGUGGCUAGUGCGACUGCUUCCAGUGGACCGAACCCAUGGAGGAACCGAAGCCCCUCGGGAGGGGGGUUAAGCGGCUGAAUGACAGUUAUCUCUGUUUGGAGGGUGUUCACUUGAAUUGUGUGCAUGAGAUUUCCUCAUUUAACUGCGAUGGAUUAAAAAAAAAGAUUAGGUUGAAUGAAUCAACUUUUACAUUGAAAAAGCUGCAGGUUUCAUUGGUUGUGGCUAAAUUUGUGGGAAUUUAUUAGGAGCUUGUUGCAACAUGGACGAGUCUGUGUCUGGUUGAACUGAGCAGAGGGUUUCAUAGAUUUUUUUUUUUUUUUUUUUCGACUAAUUUUUCUUUUUGCAAAUAUCACUAUGCUAUUUAUUAAAUGACACUUGAGAGAUUUUUCUCCAUGCUGGCUCCAACCUGGUUUCAACAUCGUCUGCUUCACCUCUCAAAGCAGCCUGGAGGCAUGUGUGCUGGGGCUUCAGGUUUUUUUUUCUUUUUCUUUGCUUGUCUCACCACUGUUGCCAACAGUCAUCCUCAGUCACCAUCUUACUAUCUCGUAGGUCAUACAGAUCAGGAUCUCGGGCCCUGGGGGGUGAAUUCUACACUCAUUUUCCAUAUUUGUGUUCAAAGCUUUAUCGGAUGGGGUUUGGAGUGUGCGUGUGAAUGAACACCAUAAGUGCUUUAUCCUUCCUAUGCACAGGCUGGGCUGUUGGAAAAAGACUUGUAUUCUGAGCCGGCAUCGUCUGUGCAAUACGGUUUUUGUGUUUACCUCAUUGGUGCGGUGUAUUUCAGUAUCCACCUGCUUCAACUUAAGAGGGUGGGGUUGCUAAACCAUUGUGCUGAUCGUCGUAGGAGGAGCGAAUGCGUUGGAAUGACUGUAUUUGUGCGAGCGAGUGAUGUGCGGUCCAUGCUUUUUUUUUUUUUUUUCUUGUUUUUUUGAAUGAGCUGACACAGAUUGAGGAAAAAGUUUUUUGUUUGUUUUUUUUUUUAAGAGAAGUGGUGCUCAUGGAGAUUCCACGUUGCACACGAACGCCACUGGAAACCGCAGCCACUGCAAGAGAGCAGGCUCGUACACAGAAGUGACCUCGAUGUUCACGUGUGGCUGACCGUUGAAUGCCAUCUUUUUUUUUUUUUCUCUUUUCUUAAAUCAUCGAAGACAAACUCUGAGGUGGCUUGCCAAUCUUUGCCCACUGUGCAUGUGCAGCAGCGUACCAACCAAAUAAUCGCAUCAGAUGCGCUUUGGUGACGACUUCUAGCAAAGCUCUCUGUGGUUUCUUCAAGCAAGUAGGGCGUGGGUGGGCGGGGCCGAGCGCUCAGAAGGAAGCUCUGUGAAUGACCUUGUUUGCACAUAAACUUCAGACGUGUGGGUUGAUGAAAGGGCUUUUCAUAAUUUGCUAGAUUUCAUAUUGCAGUUGAAAUAAUUUUAAAGAAAAGAAAAAAACACAGACCUACAAAAUGUACAAGAACACCCAGGGCAACCUGAUUUGAAAUCUGCACUUUACAACAGCGGACUUUGACAUUUGAUAUGGCAUUAAUUAAAUUCAUGUCUUAACUACUAGUUGACAAUAAACCCAUGUUGCACAUGA